AUGGAGAACAGUACAAGCGACGGGCAGAACAGAACAGAAUUCCUGCCAGACCGGGAGGUGGUUGCCAUAGAAUACCAAGUGGUCACCAUCUUCUUGGUUCUCCUCAUCUGCGGUUUAGGUAUUGUGGGCAACAUCAUGGUGGUGCUGGUGGUGCUCAGGACGAAGCACAUGAGGACCCCCACCAAUUGUUAUCUGGUGAGCCUUGCAGUAGCUGACCUCAUGGUCCUUGUGGCUGCUGGCCUUCCCAACAUCACAGAGAGCAUCUAUGGAUCCUGGGUCUACGGCUACAUCGGAUGCCUCUGCAUUACUUAUCUCCAAUAUCUUGGCAUCAAUGCGUCUUCUUGCUCUAUUACUGCAUUCACCAUCGAGAGGUACAUAGCCAUUUGCCAUCCCAUUAAGGCCCAGUUCUUAUGCACUUUCUCCAGAGCCAAGAAGAUCAUUAUUUUUGUCUGGGCAUUCACCUCCAUCUACUGCAUGCUCUGGUUUUUCUUAUUAGAUCUCAACAGAGUCACCUACAAGGACACCACAGUAGUGACCUGUGGAUAUAAAGUGCCCAGGAGCUACUAUUCGCCAAUCUAUAUGAUGGACUUUGGGAUAUUUUAUGUCAUGCCCAUGAUAUUGGCUACUGUUCUGUACGGGCUGAUUGCCAGGAUACUCUUCCUGAAUCCCAUCUCAUCAGACUCAAAAGAAAGCUCAGCUACAUGGAAGAAUGAUUCGGCUCCCUUAAACAAGGCCAAAGUAACCAACAAGAGUAUCAAUGGUGCCGUGGCUUCUAGAAGGCAGGUUACCAAGAUGCUGGCUGUGGUGGUGGUCCUGUUUGCAUUUUUGUGGAUGCCUUACAGGACCCUGGUGGUCAUCAAUUCUUUUCUGUCUCACCCUUUCCAAGAAAAUUGGUUCCUGCUGUUCUGCAGGCUUUGCAUCUACCUAAAUAGUGCCAUCAACCCUGUCAUUUACAACCUCAUGUCUCAGAAAUUCAGAGCAGCCUUCAGAAAACUCUGCAAAUGCCAGCAGAAACAGUCAGAGAAACCCACCAACUACAGCAUGACCCUCAACUACAGUGUCAUCAAGGAGAUGGAUCAUUUCAACACUGAACUAGAGGACACUACUGUCACUGAAGCUUAUCUGUCAUCCACAAAGGUAUCUUUUGAUGAUGCCUGCGUGUCCUCUGAGGUGAUGUGA